AUGAUAAAAAGAUUACACUCUAUUUCGAUGAACACUUUGCCAGAAUUAUUUAAUACCAGAAUUUUGAAAGUUAAACCAGAAAGUAUUCACUUCACGCCUGAAUCUGUCAUCGAUGGAACUUUACCAACCAUUUCACACCCUCAAACAGAAGCCUUCUUGUUGGAAGCCGCCAAGAUUAUAAGAGACACGGAUCAGACUGUAGCUUUUCCUACAGAAACCGUAUACGGUUUAGGUGGAUCUGCACUCAAUGAUGAGGCUGUUAAAAAUAUAUAUAAGGCGAAAAAUAGGCCAAGUGAUAACCCUCUUAUUACUCAUGUUUCAUCGAUAAAUCAACUAAAUAGGAAGAUAUUCAAUCGAGAUACUAAAGUCCACAUGCAAAAUAUUCCCGAAAUUUAUCAUCCUUUGAUUGAAAAGUUAUGGCCAGGGCCAUUGACCAUUCUCCUACCGAUUCCUCCAUCAGAAAAAAACAGUUUAUCUAAACUAACAACGGCAAAUCAGCCAACAUUUGCCGUCCGCAUUCCAUCAAAUCCGGUAGCAAGAGCAUUGAUUGCAUUAAGUGAUACACCAAUUGCUGCGCCCUCUGCGAAUGCAUCGACUAGGCCUUCCCCUACUCUUGCCUCUCACGUAUACCAUGACUUAAAUUCUAGAAUUCCUUUAAUUUUAGAUGGGGGAGCUUGCAAAGUUGGUGUCGAAAGCACGGUUGUAGAUGGGUUGGUCGACCCUCCAAUGUUGUUACGUCCAGGAGGUUUUACCUAUGAAGAUAUCAUAAAGCUAGGUGGUCCAAAAUGGGCCAAUUGCAAAGUGGAACAUAGAAAAAAUGUCACAGCUAAUGAAAAAGUUAGAACUCCAGGGAUGAAGUAUAAGCACUAUUCACCAUCGGCAAAGGUUCUUCUCAUGUUGCCUGAUGAAAAGAAAGUGAAUAAACUGGAUUCCUUCGGCCAAAUAUUUCAACGAGAACUAACUAAAGAUAGUACGGAAAGAAAUGAGGCCCCGAAGAAAAUAGCUAUUCUAACAACCAGAUAUCUGGAUGCACUUCAACCUGAUCUUUUAAAAGAAUUCAAUAAUGAAAUUGAGUACAUUGUUCAAUCGCUAGGCCACAGAGGAGAAGACAUCCAAGCGAAUCUCUUUGCAGCAUUGAGAAAGGUUGAUGAGAUUGACAAAGUUGAUUUAAUUUUUGUGGAGGGCAUCAAUGAAGAAGACGAAGGACUAGCUGUCAUGAAUAGAUUAGAGAAAGCAGCUGCCGGUAAUUACAUUCUUUUUUAA